AUGGACUCGAUCGCUCAUCGGCCCUGGGAGCCUGUAUCGUCGGGGCCUGCGACCCCCGCGGCCUCAGCCCAAACCCUCCCGUCUAUCUCGACUCUCACGGCGAACAUGAACGGCGGGAAUACCCAAGACAAAUCCCCCGGCAAUUCAUCGUUAAAUACAAUUGAGCGAGACUCAGGGAAUUGGUCUAUGCCUCAGAGCACAAGAUCUUCCACUUACUCGACCGCAACCAACGGGACCGGCAACAACUAUCCCUCGCUGACCUUUCUGACCUCCACAUCCCAACCCUCGCCCAACCGAGGACACCCUGCGCCAGAUCGAUCGCCAUACGGUCACGAGCAAUCGACGACUCCUUCCUCGGCCGGCGCGCAACAACCCUCGCCAAAUUUCAACUCGUCGCAACACAAUUCCGCCCUGCCCUCUAUCAACCAGAACUACGAUGCGUCAUCUCAGCGAGGAAGUGUGGCCGAGAUCCCCGAGUCGAGGCGCAGUAGUGUCGACAGUCGCAUGAACCAGGGCAUCAGCUCAUUGGCGAUCAACCCAGCCUCACCAUACCACAGCACCAAUGCCUCCCAGUCCUCGAUCGUGUCCAGUCUUCAGCGUGAACGGGGAAUCGCAACCGAUAUGAACUCAUACCGGGGGCCCCGAUACUCCGGGGGCAGCCAGCCGUUGUCUCCCUUGGGUCCGCGCGCCAACGAUUAUCGGGGAUUCGCGGCAGGGCGAACUGCUCCGGCCAUCUCGUCUAACCCGCGAUCCGAUAUUUACAAUGCCGAGGCGCCCACGGCCGGUAUGGCUUACGCCUUCCCUGACCCGGAUGUAGCUCGAUCAAGUUCAAUCUCGUCCAAUGAAAAAUCAAACCCACCUUUUUCGCGAAAAGGCAGCACUGCGGAGUCGCUGAAUAGCAUUUACUCGGAGUCGCACAUUCCCAGAGGUCAGCACGAUCUAUCGCAAAAUGUACAUCAUCAUUCUUUGCAACAUAAGCAAGUGCGUGAUCUGAUUGGGGAAGCGGAGGCAUCUGCCGCCAACACGCCGUAUAGCCGGACCCCGGAAUUACGUGUCACGCAUAAGCUGGCAGAGCGCAAGCGCCGAAGCGAGAUGAAGGACUGUUUCGAAGCGUUACGCAUGCGUCUCCCUCAACCCCAAAAUAACAAGUCCAGCAAAUGGGAGACUCUCUCCCGGGCCAUUGAUUACAUCACUGGGCUCGAAAAGAAUCUUGGCCAAAGUCGCCGGGAGGUCUCUGUUUUGCGGACGGAAAACGAAGAACUCCGCGCCCAAUUGCAACAACAAGCCAAUGGGGCCUCCCGACCGCCCUCGAUCUUUGAGCAUCACCCUAUGUCCGCGACACCGACCAAUGGGCAGGCCCAACCGCCGGUGUUCUCGGGCUUUGGCAAUGGGUCGGUCGUGGGCCAGGACCAACCUCGCACUCUCCCACCAUUGAUGAAUGGCUCCGUCGCUCCGAUGCAGGGCAUUCAGUAUACCGACGAGCGAAGGUAA